UGAAAGGCCCGGGCACGAGGCGAGAGCGAGAGGCAUCCAGCUCCCCCGAACAAAGGAAUCUCCUUCCGCUUCCCUCGGCAGGGCAGGGCAGGGCAGGGUAGCCAUGCUUGGUCUUCGGGCCCGCGCAGCGGCGCAGCUCCCGCGCCCGUCCCCAUCUUCCUCCUCCGCUCCCGCGGCGUCGCUCUCGCUCGCGAGGCUCGUGUGCGCCUCCCCGCUCGCCGCCCUCGCGCCUCUGGCGUCCGCACCGCCGUCGGCGAGGGCGACGCAGCCGGCCUUCCUCUCCGCCAGGUGGACCGCCGCGCCUAUGCGUCCCGGGGGAACCGGUGGCCACUCCAGGCCGACCACACGCGUUCUCUGCACUGCCACUGGCAGCGUCCAAAGAGAGGGGAAAGAAUUGCUAGUUCAGCACUUGCUUGUUGGUGAAAAGGAUGUCAGGCUUCUGGUUGAUCUUGAAAAGAGUAUCAUUGCAGGAGGGGCAGACUUGAGCGAUUUAGCUGUGGAGCACUCCUUAUGUCCAUCCAAAGAAAAUGGUGGCAUGCUCGGAUGGGUUCGAAAGGGACAGAUGGUACCAGAAUUUGAGGAGGCAGCAUUUAGUGCUCCUUUGAACAAAGUUGUACGAUGUAAGACAAAAUUUGGAUGGCAUCUAUUGCAAGUUCUUGCUGAGAGGGAUCAAUGCGUACUGCAAGACAUUGACCCAGAAGAGCUUCACACAAAAAUGCAAGACCCUAGUUUUCUUGAAGAAGCUCAAUUGAUUGAUGUUCGGGAGCCUGAUGAAGUGGAGAAAGCUUCACUUCCAGGCUUCAAAGUUCUACCACUCCGCCAGUUUGGGACCUGGGGACCAGUUAUGACAGACGAGUUUAAUCCUCAAAAGGACACUUAUGUUCUGUGCCAUCAUGGCAUGCGCUCAAUGCAGGUGGCUAAAUGGUUGCAGUCACAGGGUUUCAAAAAAGUUUACAAUGUCGCAGGUGGAAUUCAUGCCUAUGCGGUUAAAGCUGACUCCUCCAUCCCAACAUAUUAGCGGAUCCCCGUUGUGACCGUUAACCAUGGCUGAGAACUUUUCAUAUGUCAUAGACAAUGGUUUGGCCGUUGAUCAAUGCCAAAAUUCAGAGUCAACUUUCUUUUUCACACUGUGUUAGAAGUUUUGGAACCCCUAUGAAGGAAUGUAUACAGCUAUUUUUUGUAAAAAGAGAGAUACAUGAGAAUUUGCUUUAUUAAAUGAACCAUUUCAUCAGGAAAUUUCUGCUGUGAUA